UCUCCGAUCAAUAUAACAACUUGUAUAAUUUUAUUAAUCAAUAGAUCACCUAUAACAUGAAUAUCAAAAUAAAAAUCUAAAUCAACAUAAAUUGAUAUCUUAUCAAUUAAAUAAUUUCAAGACGACAGUAACCGUUACAAAAAUCGCAUCCCAUCUUUAGACGUCGUACUCACGAACUUGCUGCCAGUUUCUUUUCUAGUCGUCUCUCGCCGUUCUUGCGAAUUGAAUCGUUUCUUUUGCACUUUUUGUUUUUUUACCUCAUUCGAAUCCUAAAUUUAAAGUAAGUGCGAUCAAGUUAACCUGUAUAGAUCGAGAAAACAUGUUUUGUAGUGUUUCUGGUUUCUGGUGUGGUGUCUAGUGAGCACUGUGUGAAAUAGUGUCGUUUGUAAUAAUUUUUACAUGAGACCUCGUACAGGUCCGCACUCGGCAAAAUGGUGAAAGUGUGGUGAAAUUGAAAGGUCAUACUGAAGGAUUAUUUACUGAAUGGUCGUCCAUGGAUUACAGCUGCACCGAAGCAGUUACUCAAAUGCGUGGAACGAGACCGCCUCCGUGAGCGGGAACGGCAGGCGCGGGCCCAGAUGUCGUCACAAGUCGCGGAACAAGAAAGUCCGGGACCGCCCGGAAAUUGCCUUUUCGAACUACCAAUCCGAGUAAACCCGUCCGCAGCAGAUCCCGUCACACAACAAAUUCAAAGUAAAUUGGGAGAUUUUCAAAGAGUGAAACAUCUUUUAGACCACAGAGGAGAAGGACUAAUUGGUGUGGAUGGAGUACCACCAAGUCCAGGAGUACCACAAUCUCCUACUCCCACAUCCAGACAUCAUAAUCCGUUCGGUCAGGUGGCAAGUGGCUCUAGCAGACAUCAAGUCCUACCAGAUCCACGCCCUGAAUUUAAAAAACCUCACCAUCAACCACAACAUUCAAAUCAUCAGCGGGGCGGUUACAUGAAGAAUGCAGAAGGGAAACCUCCUUACGGAGGACGAGGUAGUUAUCCUGGUCAACCUGUAAAGCAUGGCAGCACGAGUAGUACUACAAGUCAUCGCUCAAAUGGUAUAUUACCGGCGAAAGGGCCACCAUUAGGACCAUCUACGUCGCUGCCAGUAACAUUAUCGACGUCAUCAAGGUUACACAGCAGCGUGGGAGAUAGACAUUUAAGGCUUAAUGUUGAACAAAAAUCUCAAGGAUCUACAAAUGGACCAAGAGAAACCUUACCAUCUGCUACACCAGCUCCCCAUGACGUGGAUAAUAUACUUAAAGAAAUGAUCGUACCGACGACGCCUCUACCGGCAAUGGCAGCAACUCCGAGAAUAGAACUGGAUACUAAAUACGCCUAUAAACUCACAAGGCUGACUGAAUCUGCUCCGGCACCAUCUUCUGCGAAACGACGUGAACGGCAACUAUCUACUCGCCCAUCAACAGACUUAAGAGGUGAUCUCGAGCUUUCAGAGGAUAGUGAUGAUGAAAAUAAAGACUCUCUACCUACGUCUAAUCCAAUAGGAAGAAUGUUAUCACCUCUUGGAGCGACACCUGCCAUCCACACAUCCAGAAUGGAACGACCGCCGGAACCUCUAGCACCAAUGCCUUCAUCACCAAUCAGCUCAUCUAGUGAUUCUGGUUCAGAUACUGGAAGUGACAGUGAUUCAAGUAGCGAUGACUCCGGAGACGAAAAUGUCCAAUCUGUGAGCCCAAAAGUAGAGCCUCCUACGGAAGCAGCUCCUCUAGCCUCUCCUAAGGCCGAAGAGCUUCGAUGGAACCUCGCAUCAUUUGUACCUUCGAGCAGUCAAAAUUUAGUGAGAAAUGCUACCUCACCUAUCUUAUCCCCAGUCAAACCUUCGCCUUUACCUAAAGUGUCUUCUGAUGAUGAAAAUAAGAGAGCCACCGAAGAAUCAGAUGCGAGCGAUUCGUUCAAUGAUAAAUUAAUCGCUGAAGCCAAAGCUCUUGCAGCUCUAACCGACUUUCCUUUGCUGUCCAGUCUCUCCGAUUCGGAUGACGACAGCGCGCGUGUUAGUAUAAAAAGGCGAAAACAUACCAUAAAUACAGUUACCAAUCCACCCGUUAGUGAUAGUGAUAGUGACACAGACAACGACAGGACAAGAAGGAUAAAACCAGUAAGUCGGGUUAGUCCUAGGACGAAAUCGAUAGAUACACAUAGUGAUUCCGAUUCUGAACCAACUAAAACGUUUAUCCCGGUAGUGACUAAACCAAAAUCUCCUGUGCCUGUUAUAGUAGCUUCAGAAAAAGUGACUAAACCUGGUCGUGGUAGGCCAAGGAAAAAUAAGCCUUCCACAGAAACGGAUACCAAGAAGCGUGGAAAGGAAGUUAAAAAACGUGGUAGACCAGCAAAAGUGAAUAAAGCUAGAUCAUGUAGUGGGUCUUCAGGCCCAGAGGUUCGAAAAGCAGCUAAAAGGGGCCGACCUCCAAAGCAACAUGUGCCUAGAUCACCAAGUUCUUCCGAUGAUGAAGACAGACCAAAAUUCGAGAAACCCCCUCCGCCUUCACGUCGUCGAACUAAAUCAAAAGUUGCAACAUCCAGUAGUUCUGAUAGUGAUACUUCAACACCGCAGCGACGUAAAUCUAACAGCAGUAUUAGCAGUAUUAGGCAUGAAUCGGACAAUUUGAAAAAGCCUAAAUUUAAAGAGGAACGGAAACGGUCGAAAAAAGAUUCUGAUGACGACGAAUGGGGAAAAGAAAAUAAAGCCAUUUUGAAGAACCAUUUCAAAGAUGGAAUGAAUUCUUUAGAACCCGUCGUCAAGAGUACGUCUCCUCCACGACGAAAAAGUCGAAGUACAAAAAGACUGUCCGAACCACAAAAUGUUCCCUUUGCUCCCUCGACAGAUUCCAGUAGUGAUGAUGACUCUAAGGUGAAAUCAUCUGUGAAGCCAAAAUUAGAUAGAUCAUCUUCAGAGGAAUUUAUAAAAAGGAUAAGUGAUUCUGAGAGUGACAGUAAUUCAAUUUCAAAGAAACCUCCUAUUAAAAUAGAUACUACUAUUAAAGUAGAUGAAAACAAAACAAUUGCGGAUAAGAAGAAGAGCGACACUCUCAGGAAAUUAUUCACGCCCAAGAGAGAUUCUGAAGGUGGUAAAGGAGGUGGUAAAGGUGGAGGAAAAGGCGGUAAAGGCGGCAAAGGUAAAGGUGGUGUAAAUGUAAUUAUAGUCGAUGGAGAUUACGAACGAAGUAGUUCAUCUGUAGAAGAUGAAACAAUGCCAACAGCUGCUUCUGCCAGUUCGGAAUCAGCUGUUACAGUACUUCCACCUCCCCCUGUUCCGGUCAAAGAGAUAGUCAAAAAAAGUCCUACACCUUCUAUUCGUCCAGCAUCACCUAAAGAAGUUGCCGAAUCUUUAAGUAAAGAAAAGACUGACAAUGAUAGUGAAAAAGGCAAAUUCAUGGUGAAAAUUGAAUUACAGAAGUUAAAUAUCAGACAUAUUCCCAUACUUCACAAGCAUUUAGAAGCGACAAAACCUUGGUUGCUGGAAUCCAAACUAGAGGAGAAUAAAGAAGGGAAACCAUCUGAAAUUGAAGAAGUAAGAGAAAAAUUGCCAAGUAAACCAAUGAAAGAAAAUAAGAAACCACAAACACAAAUUGAUGAUGCAUCUGACCAUAAGCAUAAAUCAAAAAAACGAAAGCGAAGGAAUAGCUCCAGCUCUAUAUCCUCCCAUUCAACAGUUAGCAGUACUUUGUCUCAUAGUAGCUCUAACAGAAAAGAGUACCAUAAAAAAGAAAAAGCUAAAGAAACCAUCAAACAUAAGAGGCGGAAAAAUGAUACACAAAGAUCUCAAACAGAAAAUCUCAACCAAAAAAAUGCUCCUCCAACCAAUCAUGAAAGGGAAGCGAACAGAAUACCCACUGUAUCACAAAGCGAUCCUUCCCCAUCCACUAGUAAAUCUCAACCUAUCAGAGAGUAUCAUUCAUACUUUGAGAUGACAGAUGAGCAAUUGGAAUAUGGAGAUAAGGGUCAAGACCUGUACCUGACUGAUGCAAAAAGGUUGAAGCAUAUGGCAGAUAAAGAGACUGACAUAAUAAAACAGUGUAUGUUAUACCUUGAAGCUGUAUUAUUUUUCUUAUUAACUGGAAACGCCAUGGAACAUGAAAAAGUUACAGAAAAAUCUGCCUUCACUAUGUACAAAGAUACUCUAUCAUUAAUAAAAUAUAUUUGGUCUAACUUCAGAAAUCAACAAAAUUCCUCCCCUGUACAUAAUAUACUUGCUGUUUUAAGUUACCGGUGCCAAGCUCUUCUAUUUUAUAAAUUAUUUAAAAUGAAAAUAAAAGAAUCAAAAGAGCAUCAAAAGACCAUAAAUGAUUAUUGUACUAAGAACCCAGGUGCUCUUAUAGCCCAAGAUCCUCAGAACCAGCAACAGGGCCAAGGAACUCCUUCUCCACUAUCACCCACUCCAUCUCCGGCAGGUUCAGUGGGUUCAGUAGGCAGCCAAUCAUCAGGUUAUAAUAGUGGAGAAUUAGCUAGCAGAGGUAAUGUACCUGUUAACACCCACUCCCAAAAUGCCGGAUUAUGGGUCCCCCUUCCUGUGUACACUGCCAUCACUAAACAAAACCAGCAGUUUACAUAUCUUCUGUCAUACCAAGAUCUCUGGGAUAUGGCCGACUCCCUUGUCGUUAAGGGAAAACAUACUGAUUUUUUUAUUGAAUUGGAUAGACAAUGCAAACCCCUAACCAUGCACAGCUCCAUCAUCGAUCUAGUGCGCUACGUACGUGAAGGCAUUAGAAGACUAAAGGCUGAUAGGAGUUAGGAUUCAUUUACACCCAAAUUGUACAUAGAAGAUAUGGAUUUUGUAUAUAAUGAAAAACAUGUAAAAAAUAAAAUACCAAAGAAUGCACCUCGUCAAUUGUUUCGUCAAUAGAAUCGCUUCCCUCCUAUCUUAUAAAGAUGACAUAGGGUGUGUAUUUUCGUGAACAAUAAAUAGUGUUUGUGAGUCCUUCAAAAAACUCUGAUCUUCAUCAAUUUCUAGACAACGAUUUUACUACAUAAAAGUUUAUUUAUUUUUAUAUGGAGCAAAGUUUCAUUUUAUAUUGUGUUAUGGACAUCUUUACGGAUGGAUUAAAAUUGUGUUAAUUGGGUUGUCAAUCAAGCAUUGUCUGGAUCUUGAUGAAUUAACAUAUCCCUCAGGGUACCCACUCUGCUCCAAUCAUAGUUAUUGUUUACCAGUACUACUGCAUAUAAACUUGUAAAUGUUUAUAGGACAAUAAGUCAUAUGUUUUAAAGGUUGAAUUUAGAAAUGUAUUUUUAUCUAAUUAUUCAUUUUCCCCUACACCAAACUUUUUGAUUGAAAUUGUAAACAAAAAAUUGAUAUAUUUUGAUUUUAAAAUUUUUUCAAAAGUUGAAAAUUGGGAUAUUUGUAAAUAUUUAAUUUAAAAUUAAACAAACUAUACUUUUAUUAUUUUUAUUUAUUUAAAGUUUUACAUCUCUAGGUAGAAAUAUUGUAAUAAUUGAGUACAAAAUGGAUCAACUUGGAAGUGUUUAUUAGGAUCUAUAACAAAACCUUAAAUACCAGGUUAAAAGAGAUUUUAAUGAUUUUAGAUAAUUGAUUUAUCUAGUAUAUUGAUCUGACAGUUUCAUGAAAAUUUUGUUUCUCUUCUUAUCGAAGUCAUUAUUAAACAAUUUAAAUUAAUGUUUGAAAUAAAAAAAAUAUAUUAAUGCCCUACAUAUGUGCCAAAAGUGCUUUGCUACAGAAAUGCAAUGAGUAAUAAAUUAAAGGCCUAGAAACAUUUACCAGUUUCUAUAUAGAGAGACUGGAAUCAGGAGUAAAAACUAUCACGAACAAAAUUUAAUAAACUUAUAGGGUGCAGCAAACUAAAUAUUUUUACAUAGUAGAAUUCCAAGUACAUAGUGUAUAUUUUUUGUAAAUAAUGUAAGCUAAAAUUAUAUAUUUACAUCUUGCUAUAUUUGUACAAUGCCUAUAGGCCUAGAGAAAUCAAAUUUGCUACAUCUCAAAUCGGUUGUGGAUCUAAGAUGUAGUUUUACUAAAAAAUUAGUGGUAGAACAGUUCUCGAGCUAAAAAUACUUAAAAAUAGGGAAUUUGCCUGUCAAUUUAAUCCCAAACAGGGCUAUAAAAGUAUUUUCAUAUGGACUGUUCUAUGUAUCUUUGUUAUUUUUGCAUAUAUAUAUUCUAGAAAAUAAGCCUGCAUAUAUUGUAUUGUAUGUAUAUCAUGUAUAUUUUAUUCAUUUUAAAUUAUUUUUAUUUUUAAUUAGUUAUUAGGCCAUUUACAGAAAAAUGAAUCAAAUUUAAAACAACUUUUUUAUCUUUGUUAUGACAUGUAAUGGCAAAAACUUAAAUGUUGAGUUUAUUUUUUAAAAAAAUAUAGAUUUUUGUGAUUUGACUUAUUUUUAUUACAAUAUCGCUACAUUUUUAAUGUGACAAUCAAUUUUAUGAAAAUAGCUUGAUUCCAGAAAAUAUUUACAACCAUAUAAAUUACAUAUAUGAAGGUGUUGUUGAUUAACUAAAAUAAAAAUUUCUACGACCAAAGUCACCCUUAAAUUUUUAGUUGAAUUUAGAAAUCAAAGGCAAAUACCUGUACGUUCAUCAAAAGUAGUAAAAAUCCUUUCUAAACUUUAAGAAUUAAAUUAAAUUUAAAGUUUGUAUGACUGUUUUUAGAUUUCUCAAUAAUUUCCAAUUAUUUAUUUAGGGAGAAAUUAUAGAUUAUUUUUCUGCAGAAAUUUAAAGAAUACAUACCUAUUUAAUUAUAUAAUCAUAUAUUUUUUUAAAUUAUUAUAUGAAGAAAAUUUUAGUUUACCUAUUUAGAAACCAAAUUUUAUUUUGAAGCACAUAAAAUUACCUAGUGUCUCAAUUAAAUUACAGGCAUUUCAAAUAAGAAGUUGAUUUUUAUAUCUUUUUUUUUCAAUUCAAAAUCAAUAAUUUAAUCAAUUUAAUUUAAUAAUUUGAUAUCCAAAUCAAAGGAAAGUAGAAGAAACAAAACUUUGAAAUGUGCAGCAACUACCGCGGAGAGGUGAAGUACAUUGUGUAGUGUACAUAAAAUUAUAGAAACUUUCAAUUACAGUUUCAUAACAAACAAUAUUCUAAGGACGAUAAAAAUUAGCUCCAGUUUGAAUUGAUGCGGUGAAACUAUUUGCUUCUAACAUAUUCUAAUUCUUUCAGCUCAUAGAGUGUCAAUAAAAUGUGUAACAUAUACUGCAACUUUUAACAAAUAAUAAACCAUUAUUCAAGCUCCUGUUUAAGACGAACAAUCAGUACUAAACUAGUUUGUAAUGAACACACUAUACAGUAAAAUGGCUUAGUUUAUGAAAAUUAUGAAAAGAAAUUAUCAUUUUUAGAAAAUAAUAAAUACCACAAAUUAUACAAAUUUUCUAGAAUUAAUGUUGUUUCGAAUUGUAUUGCAAGUUGGGGACUCAAAAUAAAACUGUCCAAGAGUUUUUUAAAAUGCCAACGUUUCGAUCUUUUAUUUGAUCUUUAUCAAGGCUAAAAAUAUAUGAUACAUUAUAACUCAAACAUUGAUGAAGAUAAACAAGGAAACCAAAAAAUAUGAAAUUGGAAGCAAAACAAUAAUAAGAUACUGUUACAAUAUAAAUAUUUAUACAUGUAUGUAUAAAUGAAUAGGACACACUGUAUAUAAGACAAACUAUAUAACAUAAACAAACAAGAACAUUGUUGUAUAAAACAGAAGAACAAAAGUCAUUUAAAGAAAUCAAAACAUACAUAUAUAAGUAAAAACCUGUUAACAUACUUUUUUAUAUUAUUAGACGUCAGACAAAAGAUAAAAUACAUAUAAACAUAUUCCGUACGAAGAGAUAAUUUUCCUGUUAAGAUACAUCUAUCAGUGAAUGGAUAGUUCCAAACUUUUCCAAUAUUAACAAAAGCAUGAACGGUAAAAACUGUUGGAAUUAUUCUAAUUAUUACCAUUAAGUACUGAUUCGGUCAGUGUGUGUUUACUUACAAACAUUCAAUAGAUGGUUAAUUUGAACACCGAGAUUGGCAGAGAUGUAUUUCGCUGAUGGAUCUUUUUGCAUAUUUAUGUUCUUUAUCCAGAAUUUUCACGUAAUCAAAAUUAAAGUUGUGAUCAUCAGUGAAAUGAUGAUGUGCCAGAGCUGUUUUAUCUUUUUUGUUCUAAUUAUGUUCUCGUUAAUGUUGUUAGCAGAACAACUUAUAAAAAAUAGUGGUUAGCAAAAAGGUAAAGCAUGUACUGGCUAAAACUUCUAAAUAGUCACUAGUACGACUCAUGCAUUUAUUUUCGCUUUUUAAUUGCUGGCAAUUGCGAAUUACGGAAUAGGACUUGUUUGCUGUCAUUGUCAAAUUAUACAAUUUUUCACUGUUCUAUUUUUAUUGCAACAUAGGUGAAGACAUAUUUAUUCUCUGCUAACAAAUUUUCUAUAUCCUAUGGUCAUUAAUGUUGAAAAUGUUUGUUAUUCUUAAAUACAUUUCAAUACUUAAUAUAGUCAUAUCAAGCUGUGCCAAAAUUGAAAAAUCAAAUAACUGACCAAUUUUUUACUUUUACAAAUUCAUGCAUUUUUGGCAGAUUACUUGGUAUAUUAAAAUGCCCAUACAUGGAAUCUGGACUAUAUUUAUAUUUAAAAAUGUAGCGAUUUUGUAUAUAACAUCCAACAGAACAAGGUUUGGUUACAAGAAAAAUAAAAUAUUUUUAUCACUGUCAUAUAAUAAAUGGAACUAUUUAACGACAUUUAAACUGAAUUGGAAUGGCAAGUAUUUUUAUGAUAUUUGCUAAAACUGUAGGCUGGAUGGGACCAAAUGGAAAAUAUAUAGAACAUGUAUACGACUGUGGUGAUAUGGUAAAAAAUCUGUAUUUUAAUAUCAACGAUUUUUCGUAAUCUUUCUAGCUGGCCUACUUUCAUUGAAAAAGACCAUAGUUUGAGAUGUUUUCAUUGCAUUAAUUGUUUUUGAAUUCAAUUUAAAAACUUAAUUUCCUAAUCAUUUUUCCUCAUUGUACUCUCUGUAUACUUCAAUUGAAACUGCUAAAGCUGAUCUUUUUAUGAAUCAGUAGCUUAAAAAAAUUAUUUGUUGAAAAGGUUUAAACUUACUUGAACUAAGUUUAAUAAGUAAUAAAUCUAUUAACAAUUCAUUGUGAAAAAUUAUAUACUUUUUUGCGUUCAAGAAAAUUGUGAAAAUCAGAAGAAUAUUUUUUAUAUAAUUGCCAGGGAACCUGUUGAAAAAAUUUGAAAACAAAUUCACUGACUAUAUAUGUCUAAUUAACAAAUAAAAUUAAUUUAAGGGUUUUCCGGACUCUAUGAACGGGUUACCCGUUUGCUGUCAUCGAGAAACUGAAAGGAGUAACUGGGUCAUAGUCAUAUAAUAGAAUUCUUUCUACUCUAGUAUAUCGUAGGUAAAUUAAUCAGUUUUGUUCAUUUCUGCUUUGUUUUAACCUUAAGUUUUGUAUUAUGUACAUGGUUAUUUUUUAUUAUUUUAAUUUGUUGUAAAAUACGUGAGUAGAUAAAUCGUGAGUAGAUAAAUCGUUAAUAACUAUUAAACAAUAAUGAUUAAACCCAUAAAAUCUAUUAUACAACUGCAUAAAGUAAUACAAAUACGUGUUUUUGUAAAUCAGGCUUAAAAGUUGAAAUUUACACCAAAAACAGAACACGAGGUUCCAAAACUCGAAAAUAUUUUUCUGUGUUAAGAUUCACAAUCUACCAAAACUCGGAUCAUAUGUCCGAAAAGCAUUGAAUACUUUCAACACAUGAGCUUUAAUAAGUAACAAAUUUGUGGCAGUCUUAACUAGAUUCUACCUUGAAGACGGUACUGCUGAUGAUAGUUAUUAUAAUGCAAAUGAAAAUGUAUUAAGAAUCUGGUUUGAUUAAACAUAUUAUACAAAAUGACUUGCUAAACCUAUUAAAAUUCACAUAUACAGUAUAUUUAUAUAUGAAUAUUGAAUAUUCAAAAUGAAUAUUGAGCUUUGAAAUUUUGAAUCCCAUGAAUUUAAUGUUUUAUAAGAAUUAACAAAAUUUAAAACCACGGCAAAUCUUAAUUAAUUAUUUCCCAGACUAAACGUCUAUUCUUCUUCUAUCUAUUCUUAUUCAUUGCCAAUCUGAGGUAAUUUUUUAUUAGUUUUAGUCUGGAAAAUGAUCUCUUGCCAGAGGAAACGCUUACUAAAAUUGUUAAGAGUAUUCGGAAAGUAAUAAACAUGGAAAUGCCGUUGCUCAUCCUUAACCGAAAAAAAUUUUAACAUUUUAAAAAAUUCUGAAGGAUAAAUAUAUUUCAAAGCUUCAAUAUUUUCAAUUAACAUUUUUCCAUCUAUAUGAGCUUCUUUCACUUUUGGUAUAUCAUUUUCUGUUAACUUGGGAUCCUUUAGAGACAUUUCUAAUUUCGUUGCAUGUUUUUGAAGUACAUCUUUUUCUAUAUUUUGAAAUUUUCCAAAUCGUUCUUAAGAGUUUUUGCCUGAACUAAAACUUGAUUGAAUCCAGUAUUUCUUUAGCUGCCCAUAAAAGUUUUUCAAAUGAAGAAAGUGCAAUGGAUACAUUUACAGAUUCACUUUGAUGUUCUUUGCUAACAUAAUUGAUCUGAUACAGUAAAUCGUACCAAAAAACCAGUGAUACUAAAAAUUUAUAGUCUUUCAUUACAUUUCCCAGAUGUUUUGCUUUGCUUUAAAUUUGUGAAUCUUCGGAAAUUUCUAAUAUUUCGAAAAAAGCAUCAUAAAAUUCACCUGCUUGGUAUCUCACUGCUUUUACGCUUUGAAUUCGAUAUUUCCACUUGGUAUCACAAAGCAUAAUAAUCUUGGGUCAAGACGCAGGAUCAUCAGUUAUAUUCUGUUAUUCCUUUUUAGUUCUAAUAUUUGCUUCUUCCUUUUCCGGUCUGUGUAAUUGUGUUUCUUGUUCAUUUUUCACUCGUUUUCUUCAUCUCCUUCAUCUUUCUCAUCAACUUCUUCAACUUUGUCAUUAGUUUGUUCUUCACCUUUGUCUUCAUUAUCUAUUUCUAAAAAUUUGUGUAAAGCAUCUCUGAGAUUCUCCGUUUUCCUUUUUGCACUUGUUGUCCUUUUUAGACUAUCACUUUAUAUACUGAUCCCACAUCUCCUUCUCGUUUUUAGAGGAUUUUAAUCACAUAAUAUAUUUAAAUUUUUAAUUUAAAAAUAAUUGUUUAUAAAGAUUAUAUUAUAUAAUUAAUACGUACCUUAUCCAACAAUAAUUGAAUACAGUUUUGCAUACCAACUCCACUGUAGGCUUCACUUGUAUAUAUUGGUAUCGCAAAAACUGUCAGACUCAGACUGAAAUAUGAAGUCUUGAAAUUAAGGUCCUGAGGAUCCUGUUCGAAAUCGUAUUUCACUUGCCAUUUAAAUGUCAUCCUUAAUUCCGAAACAGUUUCUUCAACAUCACACAGCAGUUUUUAUUAUUUCAUCAAGAUCUUGCAGUUCAUACAUUUUAUAUUAAACUAGACGCAUGUUUAUGCAAGUCAUUUUAAGUACAAAGAACCCUUUCUAGGUGAUCUUAGUUAAGGAAAUAUAAAAAAAAACAAUAUUUUGACAUGGCAAAAUCUUGGCUAGGCAAGGUAUUGACAUAAACAAUAAAAUGAUCAUAUUCUAUCAAAGCAAUUAAGUAUUAAAUCAGAUGCACGAGAAAAUCAUUUUUAAAAGAAAUUUUUAUUUGCACUAUUUUUGAUAGCCAAUCAUAGUUUAAGGAAUAAGAGUCGAAUUUGUUAGUAGUAAGUUGGUUUGGUGGCUUUAUGGACAUUAACCACAAUAAUUUUCACAUCAUUUAACAAAAAGUGUUUUGUUCCAAUUUAUCUAUCUAAAACAACCAAAUUAUAAAUACCUGAGACUAUUUAUAUUAGUCCAAAGAACUUAAUCGAACUAUAUUCAUUAUUUGUAAUUAUCUUUCAAUGAAAGAAAAUUAACUACUCCUUAAAGAUUAUUAACACUUUAAAACAUUUUUUAAGACAUAAAUUAUUUCUUAGAUUUAUUAAAUUAUUGUUGAAAUAUUAUUUGAAUUUGUCUAGAAAAUUGCAAAUAAUCGAUAUUUCAAAUAACUAUUAUGCAAUGAUAAACAUCUCAGAUUUGUUGAUUUUGUUAUGUUUUCUUUAUUUUUUUAAUAUGAAUUGUUUAUAUUAAAUUAUCUCUGUAUUUGUAUUUAAAUCAAAUUCAAACAUAUCGACCGAUUUCAGAAUGUUUUUUGUUUGAAAUAUACAACUUUAUUUUAUAUUUCGUUUUUUUUUCAAUUUCUUCUACUCGUUAAGACCUUCCUAUACAUAAGUAUGUAACCAAACUGGGGUCUGUUUCCUUCGCGUAUUUAGCGUGGCAAACAACCUUCAAAGUUUUUAUGAUUGAUUUCGAAUGGAAUUCAAUACGUUCAUAGAAGUAUUUAGAUUAGACAUCAUUUGAUGUUUUUGUUUUAUUUUAUUGGCUAUUUCCAGAAGAAAAAUAUUUGUUUGAAUUAUCAUUUGAUACUUAGUUAUGAAUUAUAGAAUAGUUUUACUAAGGAGUUUUGUACAAAUUAAACACCGCCAUUUAAUAUAUUUAAACCAAGUUAAUUCAGAUUAAUCUCGCCAAAGAAACUAAAUUUUUGAAAUUAUAUAACGUGUUAUUAUUUUGAAAAUUAUUCUUUAUUUCAAUUAAUUUACUGCUAAAAUUUUGGUAUUUAUCACAAUUUAAUAGACUCAUAACAUAUACGUAUAAUUUGGAAUGUUUAUUAAAAUAUUUUUUAUUUUGUUUAACAUCCCUACCAAAUUAAUGUAGUUAUAUGCAUUAUUUUGGACUACUGUAAUAUUCGCUAAUUAAACAAUAUAAAAUUGUUUGCCACGUUAAUACGAUGUUUUAACAAACAAAACUUUCCAUUCAUAGUCGACUCCAAAAUUAACUUAAAGUGACCUUGACUAGAUCAUAAUAUAAAAUACAUCAGUACCUUGUACAUAUUUAUACAUAAAGUUUAAAAUCAGUUAUACUUUUUUGAGGUGAUGUGUAACAAGAGGACCGAAAAUUUUCUUUCAAAUAUAUGAUUACAGCAUAUGCUAUUUUUGUUGUUUUAAUUUAAUCCCACAACUGUUUA